AUGGCAGUUGAAGUUGAUUAUGGCAGUGCAGUCAGAAGACACCACCAGCCUCUUUGGGAGAAAAACCUGAAGGUGCUCCAACUGUCCAAGCUGAUCAGUGUCCUCAGACUGCCUCCAAACGCUGAGGCCUGCCCUAUGGAGAAUAUGUCUGCAUUUUGUGUGGAAACACAAGACAGAACAUUGGUGUUUGCUGCACUGAAGGACGACUGUGUGGACUGGGUCAAAAAACUGUGUCACAGCAUGUUUCAGGGAGGAGGUCGCUCAGGCUCAAAUCAGCUUCAUUUGGAGGAGAACCAGAUGUAUGCCUCAUCAGAUGAAGAAUUCUGGGUUCUAGUUCAGAGGACAGAUGCAGCAACACGUGGUGGUCUACAGGGGUUCCACUGGCUGCACGUGGGACAGGAGUCUCUGCAGCUGAGAGAAACACAGAUGAAGAAACUUGUCAGGGAGUGGCCUUAUGAACUGCUGAGACGAUAUGGAAAAGUUAAGCUGGCUUUAACCAUUGAAGCAGGCAGACGCUGUGACUCUGGUCCUGGAACAUUCACCUUUGAGACACCGCAGGCUGAGAAAAUAUUUUUCCUGAUCCAGAGCACCAUCAAACGAAAGACUUUAGCUAUUACAACAGGUUACCAAAAUCAAGAGGGUAAGAGAGUUAUCACAACAACCAAACAGACCAAUUCCCCUCUCCACAAAAUACCUGAUACGACCGGUAUGGCUGAUAUUGUGGAGAGGGACCUGAGGACAGAGGAGGGGAAAUGUGCAGCUCCAGAAGAGAGUGCUCAUAUUCAAGGAGAACUGGUUCCACAUUCAGAAUGUGUAUCAGCCCAGCCAGCUCCUAAAACCCUCAUGCCUCUGCCAUUGGUUCCCACAAAUGACAGCCCCUUUGGAGGUCAUCACAGUGGCCAAUUAGACCCUAUAUAUGCUGACCCAACAGAAUACAACCAGUUUGUAUCAAAACCACAACUUUCCUUGGCUCUGUAUGUGGACCCUGCAAUUGUUCUUCCACUCAAACCCCCCACUUCAAGAGCAACUGUUGCUCCCCUUCCUAGCUCCUCAAUGUCACAUCCUUGCUUUGACAUGGAUAACCCAGAUUCAGUCUACUCAGAGGUUUUCGACAGAGUCAGUCCAGUCCAGAGUAAACAUCUCAUCAUCAACAGCAAAGAAAAAACAAAGUGUUUUACAGAUGAUGAACCCAUCUAUACUGAGCCUUUGAAUGAGAAGGAGAAGGUCUUCCGUAAUACUGAAAACAUACAUGACCCUUUUGCCCACCUUUAUGCUCAAGUCUGCAAGUCACCUUCUCCCUCAACCCCCUCUAACACCACCCCUCCCUGCUCUACUCCCUCUUCUUCUGUUACUGGCAACACAAAUGACAUGGACCAGUCAAUUGAUAAUGUCAUCAUUUG